AUGAUGGACACGUCUGCUUUGAGCCUCGGCCAGAUUUUCGGUGUGUGUGGACUCUAGUGGAGACCUUUAGGAGGCUUGUGCGUUAUUUUUUGGGAGGAGAACAGAGUGAGAGGCCACGUUUGGAAAAGUUCCCCAACACGCACAUCGCUGAAAAUUUAACAAGAGGUUGACGGGUCACGAUGACAACAGAAGCAGGCUCUGAGACAGAGGUGAAGGAGAACGCCGAGGAGUCAGCCGCACAGCCGGACCCAUCAGAGAAGGCAAAGGAAGACAGUAAGGAAGUAGUGGACGUCGCAGGAGAGGACAAGGACAAAGAGAAGGAGAAAGAGGGGAAGGAGGGAAAAGGAAUUUCUCGAUAUCUGCCAACAUGGCUUAAGAAGCAGAAGUCUCAGAGCCAGACCUCCCCGACCAAAGAAGCCCUGCCCACAGAGGAAGAAGUAAGCAAGGCGACACAGGAAGAGGAGGGGCCUGCUCCAGAAGUGAACGGUCACGCAGAGGAAGUGGAAGAGAAGGAGGCAGUGAAGUCAGAGCAAGUGCAGGAAAAAGAAGCAGAAUCUCAUUCGAACGCCAGUGCAGACACUGAGCCUGCCAAGGAAGAGACGGUGGAAGAGAACACUGAGAAAAGUCCUGAAGAGACCAAGGAGGCAGCAGAGGGAGAAGAAGCAGAGGAGCAAAAGAAGGAGCAGGAAGGAGAGGUGAACGGUGAGGAGGAGAGAGGAGAAGGAGGAGAAGGCCAGACCUCCAUUUUCCAGUCUCCUCUUCGACUGGUGAGGAAGACCAAGAUGAAGCUGGUGGUGUGCCACGUGAACCUCCUAGACGGGACUGACUUCUCUUGUGAAGUGGAGAAACGUGCAAAGGGCCAGUUCCUCUUCUUUAAGGUGUGUGAGCAUCUGAACCUCCUGGAAAAAGACUACUUUGGUCUGUCAUACACAGACAGCCAUGAGCAGAAGUGCUGGUUGGAUCCCACCAAGGAAAUCAAGAGACAAAUACGCAGUAACAAUUGGCAGUUUGCAUUCAACGUCAAGUUCUACCCUCCUGACCCCUCCCUGCUCACUGAAGACAUCACCAGGUACCUGUUGUGUCUGCAGCUGCGUGAAGACGUGGCCACAGGUCGGCUGCCGUGCUCAUUUGUCACCCAUGCUCUGCUCGGCUCUUACACGCUGCAGGCAGAAUUUGGUGACUACGAACCCGACCAGCCUCGACCUCUGGACUACAUCAACCAGCGGACCUUUGCGCCCAAUCAGAACAAAGAGAUGGAGGAGAAGAUUCUUGAACUUCACAAGUCUCACAGGGGGAUGACACCAGCACUGGCCGACACCCAGUUUCUAGAAAAUGCUAAGAAACUGUCCAUGUACGGGGUGGACCUGCACCAGGCUAAGGAUUCUGAGGGUGUGGACAUCAUGCUAGGUGUGUGUGCCAACGGCCUCCUGGUUUACAAAGACAGACUCCGGAUAAAUCGCUUUGCUUGGCCCAAAAUACUCAAGAUUUCAUACAAGAGGAACAACUUCUACAUCAAGAUCAGACCAGGAGAGACGGAGCAGUUUGAGAGCACGGUGGGAUUCAAGCUCCAGAACCAUCGAUCUGCAAAAAGGCUGUGGAAAGUCUGCGUGGAGAAUCACAGUUUCUUCAGGUUAAAUUCACCGGAACCUCCCACAAAGGCCCGCUUCUUGACCCUUGGCUCCAAGUUCCGUUACAGUGGGCGAACCCAAGCUCAGACCCGCGUAGCCAGCUCCCUCAUAGACCGACCUUCGCCCAACUUUGAACGCACCUCAUCUAAACGCAUCAGCCGCAGUCUGGAUGGAGCACCAGUUAUCAGCAUAACUGAGGCGGGCAGGGACACGACUGAGAACGGACGUGAUCCCCACCUGGAGCUCCACUCUGACUCUAAGGUCAAGGAGGUCGACUUAAGCCCUGGUGAUGCAGAUGCAACUCCCACCAAGCAGUCACCUGGAGCCAGUGAGCUCGCCCCCUCUCAGAGUCCAAUGAGAGUGCAUGGGGACAAUAUUUAUGUGAGGCACAGUAAUUUAAUGUUGGAGGACCAUGAUAAGACCCAAGACGAGGUCCUGAAACACCAAGCUAGCAUUAGCCAGCUCAAACGCUCCUUUAUGGAGGCGCCACCUCCCUCUCCUCCUCAGCCCAACCAGUGGGAGAAACGUCUCACCUCCUCCCCCGCUACAACGAUACGUAUUCAACAGCAACAAGUGGCGAGUGUGCCCCAAUCGGAGGCCGACGCUGCUGAUAACAGGAUCUCUGAUACCAAAGAACCUGCAAAGACAACUGAAGUUGAAAUCGAAGAAACGGUUGUCGUCCAAGAGGUUUCCAAAGCUCCCAAACCAGGACUUGUUACGGUUACGAUCAGCUCCCCUGAAAUGAAUGAGCAGGAAGCUAAAGCCGAAGAGGAGGCGCUGGUAGCUGAGGGAGCGCAAGCGGUGAAGCAGGAGAGCAUUUCAUCAGACAGCGAGAGUGAAGAAGAAGCAGAGUACCAUCCCAACGUGUCUGUAUCCAUCUCUCAUACACAAAUACCGGAGGAGAAGGAGGAGGAGGAGGAGGAAGACCAGGAGGAGAAAGAGGAGGACACAUCAGCUCCAGACGCUCCUUCUCUGCCAGCUGAAGUCAUCAAACCUGAAGAAGCGAUCUGUCAAGAGGUAGAGGAUUCCAGGAGGGGUGAUGCAGAGGAAAAGACGAGCGCAAAGGAGGAGAAGGAAAGCGAGAAGGAGACUGAGACGAGCACUGACGACCCAAUGAUGACACCCAAAGAAGCUCCCAACGGUCUCGACUUGCACGAGGAAACCGUUAGCGAGAUGGUUGCUCCUGUGGCGGCAGAAGAAGAAGAACAGCCCAAAGUGAACGGAGAAGCCUCACUGGUUGAAGCAGAAGUGCGGCCGCAGGUUAUUUGUUGCUCUGAGCCGCCCGUGGUAAAGACAGAAAUGGUGACUAUAUCAGACACGUUUGCAGCCCAGAAAACUGAGAUAGCUACAAAAGAAGUGCCCAUCGUACAUACGGAAACCAAGACCAUCACAUACGAGGCCGCACAGCUUGAUGGUAACGGUGAUGGCGAGCCUGGAGUGUUGAUGACUGCUCAGACAAUCACCUCUGAAUCUCUGUGCACAACUACAACCACACACAUUACCAAGACCUUAAAGGGUGGCCUAUCAGAGACGAGGAUUGAGAAACAUGUCAUUACUGGUGACUGUGACAUCGACCACGACCAGGCACUGGCCCAGGCCAUUAAGGAGGCCAAAGAGCAACAUCCUGACAUGUCUGUCACCAGAGUGGUGGUUCAUAAAGAAACUGAACUGGCUGAGGAAGAGGAUUGACAGAACGCAGAGCUGAAGGGCCCAUCGUGACUGUUUUCUCUGUUGAUGUCAAACGACCUCCAUCACCCUAUGACAACCAAUGUUGACCGACCGAAGAGAAGAAGGAAAAACAAGAAGAGCUGACAAACACGGGGAGUCGUAAAACAAACGGAGGGAAGUUGCCGUUCUCCCAGUCGCUCUUUCUAACACGUCUUUGGUGCAUCUAAAACCCCUCUCACUCCAAAAAACCAAGAAAAAAGAAAAAGAAUACCCUCACUCUUUCUGAGGGAAACAAGAUAGAACCACUUUGUUAGUUUAACAUUUGCAGCGUGUUUUUAUUGUUUUUGUUUUUUUAAUAGUGUUUUUUUUUCUUCUCUUUAACGGUUUGUUUUACAAACAGAGCGAUGAUAGUGUCAGUCAUAUAAUGCAAGAAUUAUAAGCUGUAGGGAUGCACUGGUAACCAAUCCUGAUGUGAUACACGGCUCAUUGUUUAUCAUUCGUUAUCAUUACGGAGGUUUUCACACCAGUACCAGUGACUUUCAGUAACAAACAGAAAAAUGCUUUAAAAAGUGUCAAAACGUUUUAUACUUGGAGUCUGUUUAAUCAGUGGAAAGGGGAUAUUGGUGCAUUCCUGAAAAAAAAAAAGGGUUUUAUUAAAUUACAGCUCCCUCUUCAUUACAUUAUUGUGCAAAUGGGAAGUUUUAUAAAAUAACUGAGUAAUUUCAUUAUUUACAGUAACAAGUGUAGUUCAAAUAUCUUACUCAUUAAAACACAUUCACAGUCAACCAUUUGUAAUCCUCACAUUUGAUUGUUUCAAAAUGAAGAAAAUCAGGAGCUGUAACUUAAAAUAUCACAGGUAUAAAAAAAAAGCAACCAACCAAGUUGAUGAUUUUUUUUAAAUUCUUUACUUUUAUUUUCUUUGUAUGUCUAGUUUUUAUUCAUCCACAUUCCUUGUGUGUUAACUCGCCACUUAGUGAGUUCAUGUUCAGUUCGAAACAAUUUUUACGCAACUUUAAGAAAAAGACAUUUCAGCGUUUUUACAGUGGGUGGGAGUUAGAGGAUUUUUAUUUGGGUUGGUGGGUGUGACUUAAAUUAAGCUGGAGAAGCCAAACCAUGCAGCUGGGAUUUUUUUCUAUUUGAUAAGUUUGACUGUAUUUUAAUAGGCAUGAAUCUGAACUGAAGAUGAACUGACUUACAGCUGGUGUAUACUACUUUCUGUGAAGUACAAAUGAAGGUUUUUAGAUGGGAGCAGUUAUGCAGCUUUUUUUUAUUAGCGAAACGCUCUCUCUGGGCCCGCCCACUGUACCACAUUAGCCAUUCCCAUCGGGCCACAGGGGAGCAAGGGAGCAGACUUUAGUUUGGGGAUUAGGACCAGGAAACUGAAGCUUAAUUGGGAGAUAGAGGUGGCGUUGUGCAGUAAAAGAAACUUCCAAACUGGAAGUGAAAGAAGACAUUUGUAUGGUGAUGCAUGUUCACUCAUGUUACUUUGCAUCCUGCAGUGAGUAAAUAAAGCAGUUUAUAAUAUAUUAAGGUUGGUGCUUAAUCCACAAUCUGCCAUUUCAAACGAUACAGAAAGAGUUUUGUGUGUGAAAUAAGCACAGGUACCAAAAUAAGGGCAACUUGAAACCAGUUCAGAUUUGAAUAACUCUGCAUUAGAGCCCGUUUGUCAUCUUAGUUCAGCACUUAGUUUCACUCUCAGCUUCUUUUCAUACAUGAUUAGAAUAUACCAAUAAAGCUAGAAAAAAAAAACAUGGGAUUAAAUUCAGCAUGUGUUCACAUUUCUAUCUUGCAAGAGUAUCUUGAGUGAGUCUAGAUAGAAGGUUACUGUGGUGAUUGGUUUGAGAGUGUGUAGAGUGUGUCGUAACUGGCUGUGCUGUAACUGUUUCACCACAACCAAAUAUUCACAAGCAUGAAAGGGAUAUCAUGUCCAUUAUUUCAAAAUGACAGUCAGUUGUAUAUCACAUUUUUAAACCACACACAAACAGACCUGUGGUGUUCAGUACACUACAGACACACAUGGAAACAGUUACAGCAGAACUGUAAAAUGCAGCAUCAAAGGGAAAUGUAUCCGAGGGUUUGAAGUGCUCUUGAGACCCCUAAAUGGAUUCUUUUCAUGUUUUAUUCAUUUUCUGUCUUUUUACUCAAAUGUGCAGCCGAACAUUUCCACUAAAUGCAGCUGUGUUAGUAUUGGUGGCAUUAAAUAGGUUAAAAGAAGGUGCUUGGUCUGAAGCACUGAGUCGACUCAAAACAAAAAUGGAUGAAUGGAAUUAAACUGAUUGUCAGAAAAGAAAUUCCACAGAUUGGUAUAAAAAAAUUCCACCUGUACCUGCCUAGAUUUGUUUGAUCCACCAAUCUAACAUGUUGGAAAUUUGAAUUGGAGUCAAUCAAAUAAUUACAUUUUUGUCUUAAAAAAUGAAACGACGGAGUGGUAAUGACAGCCUUGGCUUUUAUUGUGAAACACUGGUCUGGUCCUCUACUAUGCAGUCAAAUAACAUUCCAGUUGAUGGCACGCUUUAAUCUCUGACCCUCUUGCAAAGAAAUGAAGCAGCAGAAAUAAACAUUUAAGAAUCUUUAGGCAGCUUUGGACGCUUUUGCUCCUCUACGAUUAAAAUCUGUAGCUAUGUUUGUAGAUGUUCUCAUUUUGUCUUUUCUCUGUGAAGCUGGUUUAGUAGUCAAAAGAUGGGAUUUGUUGUUCACUCUCUUGGAUAUUUUUUAAUAUUGUCACCGUGGUUUUGACAGGAACACCACUACAAAUCAUUUCCACAACUGAUUUUUCUUUUCUUUUUUUUUUUUUUACUUCUAGCCCCAUGUUUGGCCUCCUUACAGGGGUCUGGGCUUUGUUUUCACUCAUCACAGGAGCUUUGGGACAGCGAGGUUGAGGUUUUCCAAAAUGCUGACUGAAAAUAAUCUCAGAAAAAAUUGUUUUACAAUCAAUGACUUUUAAUAAAAUACAAAAAAAACACAGACACAGUUUGACAUUUUCUGUGGUCGCCAUGCCACACAAAGCAGCCUAUGAUGAUAUAAUGCAAGCUGAUUUUCAAACUGUUUGGGUUCUGAACAUAGAGACAUCAUGGAGGGAAAUGUCACACAGAAAAAGUAACAUACUGCCAUCAUAGUAGAUAUUAUUAAGAAAAUAACCUCUCUCUGUAUUUGAGGCUCAUGAAGCUUUAAAAGGCAAACAAUGAUUGGACUACACUCUUCACACAUCUCAGGCUUUGUUAUACAGUUCGGUCACAUGAAAAAGAGAAAGGUCAGUUAAUACCAGCACAAUUUUGUAUUUUAGCUACUCAAAACUUUGUAAAGAAAGACAUUUUGGAAAACCGCACCACAGCUGCCUCACGGUUUCACUCUUAGCCAAUCAAUGAUCACUGUAGGUUUUUUUCUAUCUAGCAGCUUGUUUGUCUUGUGUCUCCCCCACACGCAGCCACUCCUCCCCUGUGUAACACUGUUUAAAUAAAGGAUUGUUAUACUCUGAAA